AUGGGUGUAGUGAGGGAGGUGAUAUUGGAUGAAUCAGUGCUCUUGGCUGAAAGAGAUGAUGAGCAAACUAUAUCUACACUACGACCAGUAGCGGAGUCUCUCAUCCGGACACUCUUCCUGUCCAAAAUCCCUAGCAGAAUUGCUUAUGAUUCGGGCCUUGUGGAUGAUAAGGUGAGUAUUCUUAAAAGAACUGCUAAUUUGUACUCACUUGAUUGCUUCACCUUAAAUGAUUCUGCAAGUGAGGUUAAACCAGGAUGGAAUAAUACUGAUGAUGGCAGUGUUAUUUAUGUGGUUUCUAAUAAGAAGGAGUUCUUACCUAAGUUAGGCAGCUAUGUUGUUGUGAAUGUUGGAGGUGAAAGUUCAUGUCACGAUCCUAACAUAAUUCGGAUUGAAAACUUAGAAGAGUUACCAUUAACCAUAUGCCGCUUAAAUAAAAAAUUAAUCGGAACCAAUGCUGUGACUGUGGGUUAUACGAUGAAGCCUUCCCGUGUGGAAGAUUUUGCAAAUAGGGGUGCCUUUCCUUUGUGUCCUGUUCAACAUGAGUUGAUGUUUGUGCCUCUCACAUCCAAUUUGCCUUUAUCAUCUCAGCUAAAGGAUGUUGACAUAGUUCUCCACAAAGCUACCGAUGAAAUAUUAUCUAUUGAAGAUAAUAAACUUACUUUUACACAGAACAUGCAAGCAUUGCAAAGAUAUUUGGAUCAGCACCAGGAUAUCUGUGUGAUUGAUCCACUGAGUAACGUCUAUCCUUUAUUGGAUAGGCUAGAAAUUCAACAAAUUCUACUUGGCUUGGUAGAACUGAACACUGAAGGCAAAUGUUUGAUCAGAGGGGCCCAUUUUCUGAAGGUUAAUAACUUUGAUGAAUUUGAUUUUGCAACUGCACUAUCUGAAGCUAGAUUGUCUCUUCCAUGUAUAGUGAAACCUAAAGUUGCUUGUGGUGUCAGUGAUGCACAUAAGAUGGCAAUUAUUUUCAGAGUUGAUGAUUUUAAGAAUUUAAGUGUUCCUCUUCCAGCUGUUAUUCAGGAAUAUGUGGAUCAUUCAUCCACUUUGUACAAAUUUUAUGUUUUGGGAGAAAAGAUUUUCUAUGCUGUCAAGAAGUCAAUACCAAAUGCGAGUAUUUUGAUGAAAUCAUCUAAUGGUGAUGAGCUCAAACCUCUUCUGUUUGAUAGCUUAAAAUCUCUGCCCGCUGCUGACAGUAUCACAAGUAAUGAGUCUAUUGACCUUAAGUUGGUUACAGAUGCUGCAAAUUGGCUUAGGAGAAGGCUUCACCUUACCAUAUUUGGUUUUGAUGUUGUAAUUCAAGAAGGUACUCAUGACCAUGUAAUUGUGGAUGUAAACUAUCUCCCAUCAUUUAAGGAAGUUCCUGAUAACAUCGCUAUUCCUGCUUUCUGGGAGGCCAUAAGAAAUAAGUUUGACUGUUGGGUGUCUAAAUAA